CACCCCCUCCAGUACGGCAUCGCAUCGUCCUCGCGUGCCCAUUCGUUGAUCCCAUCGUCUUCCGGUCUCUCCCCCCUUCCCCGAUCCCCUCCCGGCCUCCCCACUCCGAUCCGAUCCAAUCCCCCCCGCCGCCGCCGGCCAUGUCCAAGUACGGCACCAUCCCCACCUCCUCCUCCGCGGGCGGCGGGGCGCCCCUCGGGGGCGCCUCCCCGCUCGACUUCAUCUCCCGCGCCAAGGCCCGCGGCGCCUCGGCGCUGGCCACGCGCCGGCCCUGGCGCGAGCUCGGGGACAUCCACGCCAUCGGCCUGCCCCCGAGCCUCGGCGACGCCUACCUCCGCGUGCGCGCCAACCUCGCCCACUUCGCCAUGAACUACGCCAUCGUCGUCCUCGUCGUCGUCUUCCUCUCCCUGCUCUGGCACCCCGUCUCCCUCAUCGUCUUCCUCGUCUGCAUGCUCGCCUGGCUCGUCCUCUACUUCCUCCGCGACGACCCGCUCGUCUUCUUCGGCCGCGUCGUCGCGGACGGCUACGUCCUCGCCGCGCUCGCCGUCGUCACGCUCGGCCUGCUGCUGCUCACCGACGCCACCGCCAACAUCCUGUCCUCGCUGCUCAUCGGCCUUGUGCUCGUCGUCCUCCACGCCGCGCUGCACAAGGCGGAGGACAACGCCGACGACGAGGUCGGACGCUGGUACGCGCCGGUGCCUCAGCAGCCGUCGCACUAGGUCAGGGUAUGUUGACACCCUGUAAUGACGAAAUGAAGAAACCUAAGUGUCUACAUGACAUGUGAGAAAUCUGAAAAUGUCUAGCCGAAUUAGGUUCAAUUGAGAAUAUGCUAAGGUAGCAUCAUCCCAAGCACUUGUCACUAUCAUCUUAAUCUUCCCCAAAGCAUUCAAAAUAACUCUUUGCAUCAUGUCAUCCCUUUCGCAUCUAAUAUUUUCCCUGCCCCCUGGUAGUUGCCAAUUGUAUAUCUGUUUAUCAGCUUGCCUGAAAAGUCACUGCAAGCUCGAGCCAAAUGGUUUGGACGUGGGGCAGCAGUUUUGGGGAUGGUUGGAUUGACAAACCUGGGCCAUUAGGGUGCUAAUUUUAUUGAGAGUCAGAAGCUUGGGAAGGGGUUGGGAGCAGCUCCAUCCCCACUUGCUCUUGGCAUUAGAGAGGUACAGCUAAUCAACAGUUUAAUUCAAGCUGCUUAGCUGUUUGCCGAGGCUGCUGACUUUGGGAACAAACCUUCAAAAUUAGAAUGUAAGCUCAAUUGGUCUAACUUCUGCGAGGCCUGGUGCGCUGGCUUGCUUUGAGAAACAUUUUCUGUUGUUCCAUUUCAUUUUUCUAUUUCCAAGCAGCCAUGUUUUUUCGGAACUUAUUAACUAGAUCUCUUUCCAAUAAAUGUACAGUUUGCAUUCCAGGUUCAUUUUUCCAGUUCCUAGCAACCAUGAUUUAUGGACUUACAAUAAUUAGAUUUCGAUGGCACUUUCCUUAUUUGUGAUGGGGCAUGUUGUUCAGAUGCAUCAUAAACUUGCUUUGACAUCCAUAUAGUUCCAUUCCUACUUAUUCUCUUGUGGCAAAAUAGCCGAAUUUGUCCCUUGCUUGGCUCAGUUUCGUCCCUCAACUAUGAACAUGUCUGAUUCAGUCCUCGAACUAUCCAAAUCGGUCCAAUUUCGUCCAUUCGCUGAUAUUGCUUGCCACGUUGGUCGCCUUGUCACCUGCCCAAUCAACUAAGGUGUAAAAUACUCUUUUUACCCUCCAUAGAGCAGCUCACACCCAGGCAGGUUCCAUCAAUUAGAGGUUGCACGUCCCUAUCCUCUGUCCGCCUCUAGCAGCUCGCCCUUUGUUUCAAAACUUAGUCCCAGCAAUGGCCGCCUUCAUCUUCAUUGCACAAGCAUCAGCAAAGGCAGCUGCUAGUGGGAAUGCAUCUUUUAUAAUCAAGACUAGUGCUGGCAUGGCUGCUGGGACAUCUGCAAAGGCAACCAUCAAUGUUUCAGGAGGAACUGGCUCAUCCAAGAUUCGAUCCACUUCAACUGGCCGUGGAGGACAAAGCAGCUCCUCUGGAAAAAAAAAUUAGGAAAACACAUAAUGUCAUCUUAGAAGAGCAAUAGAGCAUCAUGUAGUUUGAGUGCCCAGUGCAUGACACAUGUAUCAUUUGCAUUAAACAUUGGCAUGGUCUGUCGCUUUGAAUGAAUAACUACUUUAAUUAUUUCAA